AUGGUCUAAAUUCAGACAGCGUCGUUUUUUUUAUUUUUGUUUGCAACAGUACUCUCCAAAGACUAUUGUUUACUGCUACAUUAAAAUAGGCUAAAAACAAAAGUAAAAACCAAUUACACAGUCUAGCUCUCUAUUCAGAUAGUUUGCCUUGAAGCAGAGGCUGUGACACAGUAAGUGUGUCACAGUGUGAGUGAGUGACUCGUGUUCAUCAGCGAAAUAUUUAUCGCUCCUCGACGGACUCGAGUUACGCGCUGCGCUUUUAGAAGCGUCAAGUGUUAGGACACGCGUCACAGCAGCAGCGUUGAUUUCACAUGCAUUGACAGACAGAUUUAAACGCAUACUUCAGAACUUUUUUGUCUACUGAUUAUUCACAUUUACCACCUGGUUCAAGACGGUUAUAAGGAGCACUGCCUGGAACCGACGGAAUAUAUUCAACAUGUUGGGGAGAAAGAAGAAACCAGAGCCCGUUCAGACUGAAACUAAAGCGUUCGAGUCGAAAACCCACGAUCCGCUUCGGAGGCUUGGUGUUUUGGACGAUGAAGAUGUGCGUGUGAUGCUGCAGGGAUCAAAGAUGGUGAAGGUUCGGUCUCAGCGUUGGAAGAAGGACCGGAGCCUGAAGCUUCUGGAGGACUGUGUGACGGUGUGGUGUGAGUCCAGCAAAACCUCCCGCAAGGGCAAGAGACAGCAGACCUUCUCUGUGACGGAGGUGGAGUGUGUGCGGGAGGGCUGUCAGUCGGAGUGUCUGCGACGGAUGGCAGGUCUGGUUCCAGAGAAACACUGCUUCACUGUGGUCUUCCGUGGGGGAAGGAAAAGCCUGGAUCUGUGCUGCCCCACACAGGAGGAAGCGGAGUGCUGGGUCCGAGGCAUUCGCACACUCAAAGACCGAGUCUCCAACAUGAGUCAGAAAGAAAAGCUGGACCAUUGGAUUCGAAGCUAUCUGAGACAUGCGGAUCAGAACCAGGAUGGGAAGAUGAGCUACGACGAGGUGAAACAUCUGCUACAGCUGAUCAACAUUGACCUGAACGAACAGUAUGCUCGUACCCUCUUUAAGAAGUGUGAUCGUUCCUGUGACGGCCGGCUGGAUCACGUGGAGAUUGAGGAGUUCUGUCGUGAGCUGAUGCGCAGGCCGGAGCUGGACGCGGUGUUCAGGCAUUAUUCCGGUAACGGAUGUGUGCUCACCACCUUGGAGCUGCGGGAUUUUCUUGGAGACCAGGGCGAGGACGCAUCACUGGCCCAUGCGAAGAGUCUCAUCCACACCUAUGAGCUCAACAACUGGGCCCAGAAGAAUCUGUUCAUGACCCAGAACGGUUUCACCAUGUACAUGCUCUCGAAAGAGAACGAUGUGUUUAACCCGGAUCACGCUCACGUGUAUCAGGACAUGAGCAGACCACUGGCUCACUACUACAUCUCUUCCUCUCAUAAUACAUACCUGACUAAAGACCAAGUGACCAGCGCCAGCAGCACUGAGCCUUAUAUCAGAGCUCUGCAUCAGGGCUGUCGAUGUGUUGAGCUGGACUGCUGGGAUGGUGAUAAAGGAGAGCCCAUGAUCUUCCACGGACACACGCUCACCUCCAAAGUGCUCUUUAAAGAAGUCAUCGAGACCAUCGCUCAGUACGCCUUCAAGGCAUCUCCAUAUCCUCUGAUCUUGUCCCUGGAGAAUCACUGCUCAGUGGAGCAGCAGGCGGUCAUGGCGCAGCACCUUCGCUCCAUUCUGGGCAAAAAGCUCCUGAAGAAGCCACUUAAUGAGCUGCCCCUCAAACAGCUGCCCUCGCCUGAGGAGUUGAUGGGGCGGAUCCUUCUGAAAGGGAAGAAGUUGAAUGGUCUGCUGGGGAAGACUGACAGCUGGAUUAGCUUCUCAAAUAGCUCAGAUGAAGAUCCUGCUGCGGGAGGGGGCGGGAACAAAAAGGAAUCCAAAAAGGAUCCUGUAAGGUCUGUGAGCACUAAACUGAGUCCAGAGCUGUCAGAUAUGGUGGUGUAUUGUCAGAGUGCGCCCUUCAGUGGUUUCGAGACAGCCAAUCAGAGACCUCCUACCGUAAUGUCCUCUUUCUCUGAAAAUGAGGCACUUAAACUCAUCAAAGACUCGGGGAAAAUGUUUGUUCGACACAACAGUCGGCAGCUGAGCAGGAUUUACCCAUCAGGCCAGAGAUUACAAUCCUCCAACUACGACCCUCAGGACAUGUGGAACGCGGGCUGCCAGAUGGUGGCUCUGAACUUCCAGACACCGGGAGAGCAGAUGGAUCUGAACCAGGGCCGCUUUCUGCCCAACGGGCGCUGUGGGUACGUGCUCAAACCUGACUUCCUGUGUCACCCGAAGUCCGACUUUGACCCUGAGAACACAGGUGGAGGACCAGGACACAUACCCACACAACUUACCAUACGGGUGAUUUCUGCUCAGCAACUUCCUAAAAUAAACACUGACAAGCCCAACUCCAUUGUGGACCCGCAGGUCUGGGUGGAGAUUCAUGGAGUUUCCAUCGAUAAGGCUCGUGCCAAAACCCAGCGCAUUGACAACAAUGGUUUCAACCCCCGCUGGGAUUGUACUGUGAGUUUUCAGCUGCAGGUGCCUGAACUGGCCUUGGUGCGUUUCAUGGUGGAAGAUCACGACCACAAAGCUAAGAACGAUUUUAUUGGCCAAUUCACCCUCCCCUUCACCAGCCUGCGAACAGGUUAUCGUCAUGUUCACCUGCUAAAAGCAGACGGCUCCAGUCUGUCUCCUGCCACCCUCUUCAUUCAUGUCAAGGUUGUACGGAGGGGAGUUCCUAUUAAAACCGUUUCUGAGCGGAUAGGCAAAGCCUGAUGCUUCUGUCAUACAGUAGUUCCUGGAAAUGUUUAUUUCCUGAAGUACAAUACCUUACUGAAGGAAAAGCCACUGAGCCGGGCUCUUGAGGUGCUGCGACUCUUCAGAAUUAGACCACCUGAAACAUGUGACAUUGGAUGUACAUGGACAAACUACAGUCUCAAGAAUGUCAGUGUUGACCUAAAGUGCAUUUGGCUUUUGUAUUGUGAAUCUGUGGUGUUGUCUGCAGAGCAGAGCGUCUAACAUGUUAAAAACAUGUUACAAUCGAAGCUAAAUAUGUUAGAAAGUCAGUAUUUUUAGAAGUUACAAGUCAGUGUUGUUUAUAGAGUCUGUUUCCAUUGAGACACAGAAUUCUAUUGAGUCUAUGUGAGCCUUUAAUUUAGAAUAUUUAACGCUUUUUAUGAUAAUUUAAUACUUUAAUUGAAUUUAAACUAGUUUUGAGAUGCUGGACAAGAAUUGUAUGUGCAUGUAGACAGAAAUGAUCUUCUGUCUUUAAUUGUUUUAAUGUUUGAAUAUUGUAAUUGUGUUGGAGGUUUUGAUAUGCUGAAUACUGACAAGAUAAAGAAAGUGUAGGAAAAAAAAAACAUUGAAAGGAUACUGGAAGCAUAGCAAGUUUAUGGACUGUUUAGUAAGGUUUAUGACUGAUUAAUUUUUUAAACACCAUCGGUGUUCCAAUUGACCCUUCGCAAAGACCCGCCCCCCUUAGUUACUAUUGCUUUGUCCGACAAGCCAUGGCGCUGUCACGCCACACAGAGUGAAAAAUACAUCGCGGAGCAAAGAGGGCACUGACAACACGUCGACAGACAAGACAGAGCAGGUUACUUAUGAUAUUAAACAAAGUCCCAGCUUUCAAAAUGUGUAAUUUUUUAAAGAAAUUCGAACAAUAAAAACCGUUUUGUGUAGCGCCUCAGCUCAAGCGGCUCGUGAACCGACCAUUUCUUCCUACUAGUUAAUUCAUAUCAUCAAAUAAACAUGAAUGAACAUGAGCAGCAAUGAUGUUUCAAACGCGGAAAGACAUCAGUACACACCAUUUUUCAAGUUCAAGUCCACCGAGGUUAAUCUACUAACUCCUGACUGCUUUGUCGGACAAAAUGGCGGAUUCGGCGUUAUGAUUGGUUAGAUCGCUUGUCAAUCAAACUCCCGGCGAAGGGUCAAUUAGAAAAUUCUGAGAAAUAAUAUAUCUACAUAUUUUUUAAAUAACUAUGACUAAUGAUGAAAUCUGUGUUUAACAUAAUGUCUGAGACAGAAGAUUUUAUCAUUAAACCUAAAAGCAAGCAUUGUAAAUGUUCAGUGUCCUAAGGUGUCUAAAUUACACCACUUGACCAGUGCUUUGCUUAAGGUGCAGGCAACUAUAGCACUUGUUCCUAGAUUUUAUGGCUAAGAUUGUUGAAUCAUGGUUGAGUUAUAGAGUUCACAAAGGUCUGUGUUUUGCACUAGGCUAUGAUAAUUAAUUUUUAUAUGAUAUGUAAUAAUGUAAUAUCAACUGCUUCUUUGUAAACGUGUUUUAAUUGUAUUUUCUGUUUCACAGUAGAAAACAGACUGUCCCUUGAUCUUAAUGUCUUACUUGUUGUCCAUACAGUACUGUGUGUGUGUGUGUGUGUGUGUGUGUGUGUGUGUGUGUACAUGCAUAUUUUCAUAUGUUGUAUUUAAAUAGAUAAUCAGUAAUUAAAUAAAUUAAUAUUUGCAUAGCUAA